GAAAUCCACCGAGCAUCCCUGCGCGAGACGACCAGCGCGAGCACUGUCGGUGUUUUCCUUCUUCCUCCUUCACGGUUAAAAACCUGAUGAUGAGGAGACUCGUGAUGUUCCUGGCCGCUCUUCAGACCUUGUUUACCUGUUUAUAACCACAAAGAGCCCUCACUUUUAUUUCGUCAUCCUUCGGAGAGCACACGCUUCGGACCGGAUCUCUGAUUCCGAGGCUCGUCGUUUCCUGUGCCUGCCCCGCCGUGCUCGCCGCUCCGUCCCUCCAUACUUUAUGCACAGCACGCUGCUCCCGUCGUCCCCGAAGAAACACACCUUCGUGCCCGAGCACCAUGGUCCGCUCCAGGCGCUUUCACUGAGAGAUAUGGAGGCGAAGCAGCACCAGAUCAAGAGCCUGAAGAGCUACCCGGAGACCGGCGGCCGGAGCCUGGCAGCAGCCGCCGCCGCCGCGGGGGGAGCCGGCUCGGCUGAGAUGGAGAUGGAGGCGAAGAUCCAGAAAGCCAUCGACUUCAAGGCGGAGGGUCACCGCUGCUACAAGGAGAAGAAAUUCCGGGAGGCGAUAGGCAAGUACCACCGGGCGCUGCUGCAGCUGAAGGGGGUGCACGUCGCGGACGGGACGACGGGCUCCGAGGUCAACCUGCUGAGCCAAGCCACCUCCAAGAUGACCGAGGAGCAGCGGAGAUCCGUGGAGAUCACCGAGAUCGAGUGCUACGACAGCCUCACAGCGUGUCUGUUGCAGUCCGAGCUGGUGAACUACGAGAGAGUGAAGGAGUACUGUCUGAAGGUGCUGAGCCACCAGAGAGACCACUUCAAGGCCAUGUACCGAGCCGGCAUCGCCUUCUACCACCUGGGGGACUACGACUGUGCCCUACGUUACCUGCGUGACGCCAAGAACCGCGAACCAUCAGACACCAACGUGCUCCGGUACAUCCAGCUGACGGAGAUGAAGAUGAUCAAGAGCGGACAGCGGGAUCGAGAGAUGGGCAAAGAGACCCAGGGCUAACCCUCGACCUUUCCACCCUCCUGACCCGCCCACCCCUGACCUGCGAACACUCCCGGAUGGCCCCUCCCUCUCUCCGCCUCCUCCAUCGACUCCUGACAGCAGCACAGCCCACAGACGGAAGGGACUGACCCAAUCACCUGCCAGCGAUGAACUGAAGCGGGAGACAUAUCAAGAGCUGUCUGCGGCACAUCCCCUUUAUCCCCCUCCUCCCUCCCUUUCUCCCUUUUUCUCCCUCAGGUGUUGUGGCUCCUCUUCCCUUAGACGCAGACAGUCAAGCAAACGUAAACAAAAACAACAACAACAACAAAAAAAUACAAGAAAAACGCUGUAUUAUACUCAUAUGGAACAUCAUCGUGCCGGACGGAAAAGGGAGCUUCAACACAUACAGAUAAUGGACAUUUGCGUGAUUUAGUAAAUGUUUUAAAAACAUGAACUGCAUUUUGUCUCUGCUCUCUUGCUCUUUUUCUCUUGGCCUUCUCUCUUUCUCUCUCUCUCUCUCUCCUUCUUAUCUGGAACUCUUGAGGAGAAAAUCAGGUCUGGGAAACUCGACCACACCGGGAGGAGGGCAGGAGUGUGUGUGGAGGAAGUUCGGCACA